UUUGAAGAAGGCAAUGAUAAAAGAGGUUGUAGAAAUUGAGGAAAAGAUUAAUAAGGUGUGGAAUAUAAGGCAAAGAGACGAUAAAUCAAUACUAGCGUAUACUUACUAUUAUAAAUCGCUUGUGGUUCUGGUAAAAGCAAUGAUCAAGAACUAUGAGGAAAUAUAUUGGUAUACUUUCGGUUUAUGUGAAUC